AUGGCCCAACCAAAGUCUAGAGUGCCUCUCUACCUCGGUCUUGCCGCCGCUGGUGGUGUUGGCUAUUACCUGUACAAUGCUGGUGGAAACCCAAAGGUUGCAGAGAAGCAAGUCGAAGCUGAUCUGUCUCGUGCGUCUGCAAAGAUCAAGUCGGAGAUCCCAGGACGUACCAAGGAAGCUCAGAAGGAGGGUGAGAAGUGGGCAAGUGAGGCCGGCGCAAAACUUGACUCUGCAGUUGAGAAGAGUAAGGCAGAGCUAGCCAAAGCCGAGAACAAAUUUGAUCAAUAUCGAAAAGAUGCCGGUGCGAAGAUUGAUGCAGCAGACAAGAAGAUUGAGACCAAGGCAGCAGAGGCCAAGAGUGGCAUCUCUUCCUGGUUUGGUGGAAAGUAA